CCAGUGCUCCCUUGAAUCCAAAUUGCCAGCUCCGACCACCCCCGCCCCUCUCUCCGUCUCCUUAGGCAUCUUGCCCUUUCCGACGCUGUAUUGUUACCGGUGAGACAGCCAUGGCAAAUUCAGCUCCGACGAAGAGACGUGUGCCGGUGGGAUACCGAUUCCGUCCGACGGAGAAAGAGCUCGUCGCUCACUACCUCCGCCGCAAAUUGAAGGCCCGUGAUCCUUCCGUCCACAACACCAUCCCGGAAAUUGAUGCCUGCAAGCUCGAACCCGGGGAUAUACUAGCGCUUUUGGCGAAUAAGUUUGACGAUUCGGAGUGCUUUUUCUUCAGUCCCUACAAUUAUAAGUACUCUAACAGUGCCCGGAGGGACAGGAGAACAUUGCGUGGCUUCUGGAAAGUUACUGGUAGAGGCGGUAAAAUCAUAGAUCAAGACACUAACAAUGUCAUUGGGACCGAGAAGAAUCUAGUUUUCUAUAAAAAGCACGAACCUUGUGCACUGAAAACUAAUUGGGUAAUUCAUGAAUAUCAUGACGCUACCUUACCAGCACAUGAGAGGACUCAUGCUUUAUGCUGGUUAAAAAAGAACAACGAGAAGAAAACAAAAGAAAAAACUUAUCACUUAGUUGAUGAUAAGAGGAAGGCAAGUAAUAUAAUACUUGAAGAUAAAAAUCAGGAAUGUUGUUUCUCUGAUAUGAGUUCAAAUACUCAAGUAUCUUCCCAGUCAAAUGAAGCUAUAAGUUUGUUGACACAAAUACCUUCCCAAUCAAAUGAAGCUAUGGACUCAAUAAUUCAGAUGAUUUCCCAAUCAAAUGAAGCAGAAGAUCCAUUGAUUCAAACAUUUUUUCACUCAAGUGAAGUUAUGAACCCAGAGGUUCAAAUACCUUCCCAAUCAAUUGAAUCUGAAUCUAUAGAUUUAAUGAUUCAAGCACUCUUUCAAUUGGAUGAAAAUAUAAACUCAAUGGUUUGUGCACCAUUUAUGCCAAAUUCUAGCAUUGAAGUACCACUUGAUGCAUGAGAAUUUGACAUCAACUUACUCUUGCUGUGGUCUCCAACCUUGGAUGAGCAAGGGUUAUUUAGAAUGAUGGCGAUAUCUGGUCUGCGCUGAUAGAAAGCGUAGAAAGCUAUCAAUAAUUUAAAGUAGUGUGAUGUAUCUGCUUUUGUUUUUUUGUUUUUUGUUUGGUUCCAGUCGGUUUUGUAAAUUAUGAUGUUCUAAUAAGUUAGCAAGAGAAUUGCUCUGUAUCAUCUUUCUCGUGUUCUAUGGCUUGUAGUGGACCAGGGGCUGUUUACCUGUACCCUUGAUCCUUCGGUUUUACAUAAUGCAAUUUUGCCAUGCCAAAAACGAUUGUUUUUUUGCCA